GCUAUACGUUUCUGUCUUCCACAGUGCCAGCCCUAAUCUGGACAUUGCGAUGCAUCGGGUAUCUAACACCUACGUGAUGCCUGAAAUGCAGCUGUCCUGGCAGCCGGGAUUUACUCUGUUAAGGAAGCCCGCGAAAAAGCCAGCACCACGCAGGAACAGACAACAGCGAUUCGAAUUCGUCGUGGAGCAUCCCCAGAGAGCCUAUCGCGCAAGACGUUCCCCUUCAGUCGCCACCUUUACACAUUCAGGGUCGCUCUCUAACUCUUUGAGGGAGCAUUCCAUCAUAGUAGACACACACAGACAUUUCCAAGGUGAAGCUGUCGAAGGAAAUGAGGCUCCCAUUGACCCGCCACUCGGGACCUUGAAUGUCAAACCACCGAUCAGGGGCGAAGGAUCUCCUGAUCUAGGGACCAUUGAUGUAACGAGCGAUCCUCGCCUGAACUCUUGCAACAGCGAAGACCAAUCUCCAUCCUCGCGUCCACCGAAGCUCACGAUCGGUGAGCGUAAUGUUACUGGUCCAGAGCCAAAUGCCGCGGCGGUUUCGGCUUUGACCAAUAUUCCAUCUUCUCUUUUCACGUCUGUGCCACCAGCCAUAGAGUACAGUAGUCUUACUCAACGGUUCAAGCCAAUACUCGACAGAUACAACAGGGAGUUUUGCAUGAUCCCACUAACGUUUCAACUACGGAUAAAUCCGUUUCGAUACCGCACGGACCUUGACCCGGAACCAACCUUUCUGGUCCACGCUGUGAUGGCUUUGGCGGGUCAUCACGUUAGCAGUACCUCAAGCUUGAGUCAUCGCCAUGCAGCACUUCAGCUGCUUCGUCAGAGUCUCAACGCAUUUAGUGAUCCGGAAACUAUGUAUUCCGUGCUUGACACAAUCGUAAUUCUAUUCUCGCUAGAUGAAACUCAGUCUAUCCUGGGAAAUUGGAGCACACAUCUCAUGGGAGCCUAUAAUCUCCUUGAAGCUUGCGGUGGUAUCAAAACAUUAGCCAUGUCCUCUAGGGUCGAGGCUCAGAUAGGAAUACUCACUUGGUGGGAUGCUAUAACCAGUCUUCUGUCUAGGGAAGACUGCGUGUUCCCUUACGCAUACUUCGAUGCCAUACUAUCGAACCAGUAUAGACGAGAGUGGGACUUUUUUGGACUAUGCGGGUGUCCAACGAGUCUCGUGAAGAUCGUAAUGCAGGUGGCGCGCCUCAGCGCAGAGAGGCAAAAGUCGUCUUUGACACCAGAUUUUAUAUUCGACAACACUGCUGUCUCGGAAAUUGAGCAGUCGCUUGAGCAAUGGCAUCAUAUUCCCGCUAUGACAGCUUUUCGAGACGAAGACUGCAUGCACCAAGAUCAGGAUGUCAUGCAUUGCUCUGAGGCAUGGAGAAAUGGCCUUCUCCUUUACAUAUUCAGGAUUUUUCAGUGGGAGCCUGGAAGUAGCAUCCCGACGCGUAUCUUGUACCGCGCAAGGACCAUUGUGGACCACGUAGUCUCGUGCCGCGACGUAAACAUUAUGUCCAGGCAGGCCUUGUUGCCGCUUUUCUUUGCAGGUUGCGAGUUGCGAGAUCGAUCAACGAAAACGGAGAUUGUAAAACUCUGCUCUAUUUGGGACGAGAGGACUAGGUAUCACAUGUUCCGCAGCGCAAUACCUCUGCUCGAAGAAGUAUGGACCGAGCAGGAGACGAAGGGUUUCGAGAAUGUGUGGUGGGGCCAGGUCGUGGAUAAGCAGCACACGUCCAAGGCUCAUCCUUUGAAAAUGCGGCUUUGCUUUGGCUAAUUCAGGAGGGUCACCCAGUGGUCACAAAAGGUCACCAGGUAGGCGUGGUUUCGGAUCAGGGGCAGUAUCUUGCCCAGAAGACACAAGAGUUGCGGCAGGUCUGAUAUAAAUCAAUCCUAAUACGUUUAAGGUUUUGUGAACAAGCCUCGACUGACUUGAAAAGCGAAUAGACUCCGGAUACUAGGUAUAUCCGACCUGGCACCAGCCACCUCAUUGAUGGCUGCAAGAUAUAUAGUCCAUUUCAGUGCUCUUACACUGACACACCUCUUGAACAUAGCAUAGAUUGUAUGUUUAAGAGGGAGGCUUGACAGCAGCCAGUUUAC